GUGAGUUACGGUCAUUUAUACCCAGGCUUCUGUGCGCGAUUGUUUCGUCUUCGUUCGUCGCCAUCAUUACGAAGACGAAAGAGGUUGGUUUCAUUCAUUUUCGUGUGGCAGUGUCAUUAUACGAAAUCCAGCACAAAUGAAGAUGGUUGAUAAAAUAGACAUGAGUCUCGACGAUAUUAUCAAGCAAAAUAAAGGAACAAGACCACGCGGCGGCAGUAGCAGACGUGGAAGAGGUGCCGGUAAUUCACCACGUAGAGGAGCACGGAGAACCCAAAGAGUUGGUGGUGGCGUCAUGCGGGGACGCAAUCGUGGUGGCAUUACAAGAAAUUCUCUUCCAUACACAAGGGGUGAUGUAAACAGUGCUUGGAAACACGACAUGUUUGAUGGAGUAAAAAAGGUUGGCCGAAGUUCAAUAGGUAGCGCAGGGACAACCAAGCUCCUUGUAUCAAAUCUAGACUUUGGAGUAUCCGAUUCAGACAUUCAGGAAUUAUUUAGUGAAUUUGGCCCCUUAAAGUCAGCAGCAGUACAUUACGAUAGAUCAGGUCGAUCAUUAGGGUCUGCAGAUGUUAUAUUUGAAAGAAGAGCAGAUGCUAUUAAAGCAAUGAAACAAUAUAAUGGCGUACCCUUAGAUGGUCGUGAAAUGAACAUACAAGUUGCUACCUCUGAAAUACCAGUCACAUCUAUCCGAGGAGGACCGAGACUUAGCGGCAGUAAUUUUACACAGAGACCUCAGUCCCGCUUUAGGGGUAGCCGUGGAGCAGGAUCCGUCAGAGGUCGUGGAACUGGUCGACGUGGUGGCAGAGGCGGCAGUCGGCAAGUAACGAAAACUCCUACGGCUGAAGAAUUAGAUGCAGAACUGGAAGCUUAUGUGAAAGAAGUAAAGUAACAACGUCACAAAUCUUCGCACUUAAGAUUUUGUUCUGAUCUGACUUAACACAAUACAAUGUGUUUCUCUAAUUUUCACGAGAAUAUAUAAAAAUAAGUAUAAAUAUAUCAUUAGCAAAAUGUUGUAAGAAAUUCUUUUUAAGUGGGUAUUUUUUAUUUUUGACAGUUUCUUUGAAAAUUGGCGUACAAUUUUUACAGACACUUAAGAAAAAUGAUUUGUAGGAGUUCAUAGAUUUUUUUAUGGUAUCGUAACAAGAACAAAAAAAAUAAUAAUAAAAAGUUAUAAUGUAAAGACUGUAUGGAUUUGUAUGUACUAUCGUGCGUGUGUGGUUAUCAGAUGAAAAAUACAGUAAAAUUCAUCUUUACAAGUUGUUGUUUAUCUAAGUACAGAAGUGCUUCUAGCCCACAAUCUAAUUAGUUCAUAUGAAUAAUUAACUAUCAAAAUAUUCAAAACCUAUCUUUGAACAUAGUUUAUAUACUGAUAUACGUGUAUCACUAUGUUUAGUAGCAUCAGAUCUUUGUAAAUUAUGUUUAAUGAAUUGUUUUUUACCAUGAAUAAUAAAACGUACGCACCACUAUAUGUAGCUAAUAGCUUCUAGUGGAAUAAGGCUGUGACAUACUGUUAUCGUCUAGUCAUCUACUAAUGAAAUAUUUUACUGCGCAGUAAUGGGCUUGUAAGGCAAUGUACAUGGUUUUAUUCAUGCAGCAUAUGAAUGCCAAUGCAGUGGUACAAGACUGAAGCAAAGAAACUGAUGAGCCAUUACCUAAUAAAGAAUAAUGUUCUUGAAAA